UCUGCAGUAAGGUGGCUCUCCAGGAACAGGGUUGGCCACCCCUGAUCUAUCCACAUAGUGACCGAAUGAAUGUUAGGAGAUAACAACAUAAGAAUACAUUUUUCUUGCUAGAUACAUACAAUGGUGUAACAAAGAUUCUAGUCCAUGACUGGUGUGUAGCAGUUUUACAAUUCAGAAGAUAAAUAGCUGGAGAUAGACAAAAGGGCUACCAAUAAUCUUUUGAACUAAUUUGUGCAUUUGUUUCCAGUAUGUCUUAACCAAUAUUAUUUUAAAUAACUUAUUUAUAAAUUUCAUAUAAAUAAAUAAAAAAGGAAACGUAUUCACUUGAGGGUCAGUAAAUUGAUGACAGAAUGGGUGAACUAUCCCUUUAAGGACUACAAGGCUCAGUCACCAUUCACUUCCAUUGCCUUUUAUUUCCUGUGAAUGGAGUCAUUUCAUUUUUUCUUCUUACAAACACACACAGACACUAACUUAUACUGUUUUUAAACUACAGCAUAACGAAUUUUUAGACUCAUCAUUACUGUUGCACUCACAACAUACGCACGCGCACAGUCAGGUGCUUCCUGGUGCUUCAUUGCAGGAUCACAGUCAGUCAGGGGAACCGAAACGGUCAGUGAACGCGUCCAGGAAGCGCCACCGGCAGGCGACAGACCGAGAAAUGCGGCAGUAUCCGCGACUCUCCGUCAGGUAGCCGUGAAAACCAGAAGCGCGUGGCUCCGGUGUCGCGACGGUGUUUUAGUUUCCCGCCGUCGGCGCGAGCAGCUGCUGACGCGAUGCUUUAGCCAUGGACAGCAGGAUAAAUGAGAAUCCUGCAAGGACUUUUGAUUUGGCUCUUCAAGUUGCGUGUCCAUCAUCUGAAAAUGAAGAUCCGACAGUGCUGUGGAAGUUCCCUCAGGACUUUGGAGACCAGGAGGUCCUGCAGACAGUGCCUAAGUUCUGCUUCCCAUUUGACGUGGAAAGAGUUUCUCCGACUCAGGUGGGCCAGAACUUCACGUUUGUGCUCACAGACAUUGAAAGCAAGCAGAGGUUUGGGUUCUGUCGGCUGACGUCCGGCUGCAAGCUCUGCAUCUGCUUGCUCAGCUAUCUCCCAUGGUUUGAGAUUUAUUAUAAGCUGCUAAAUACCCUUGCAGACUACUUAUCAAAACACCAGGAAGAUGACUUGAAUGACAUGCUGGAAACACUGCACAACCACCCCGUGCCAAAGCCGAAUACGCCAGUAAAUCUGAGUGUGCAUUCAUACUUCGUAGCUCCUGAUAUUAACGGACUACCCACCAUACCUGAAAGCAGAAAUUUAACCGAGUACUUCGUAGCAGUGGAUGUGAACAACAUGUUGCACCUUUACGCCAGCAUGCUGCAUGAGCGACGCAUCAUCAUUACCUCAAGCAAGCUUAGCACUUUAACUGCAUGCGUGCAUGGGUCCACCGCCAUGCUCUACCCUAUGCACUGGCAGCACAUCUUCAUCCCUGUACUUCCUCCUCACCUGCUGGAUUACUGCUGUGCACCCAUGCCAUAUUUGGUCGGAGUUCAUCUCAGCCUUUUAGAGAGAGUAAAGAGCAGAUCCCUGGAGGAUGUGGUCAUUCUGAACGUGGACACAAACACCCUGGAAAGCCCCACAGAUGACCUGCACAACCUGCCUAGUGAUGUGGUGUCGAGUCUGAAGAGUAAGCUGAAGAAGCAGUCCACGGCGACCGGCGCUGGUGUGGCCCGGGCCUUUCUGCACGCUCAGGCCGCGCUCUUCGGAUCCUACCGGGACGCCCUCCGAUAUAAACCCGGAGAGCCAAUCACCUUCUGCGAGAAGAGCUUCGUGGCACACCGUUCCAGCGCCAUGAGAGGCUUCCUUGAGAUGGCAGUGAACCUGCAACUCUUCAAGCAGUUCAUUGAAGGCAGACUGGCCAAAUUAAAUGCAGGAAGGGGCUUUACAGACGUCUAUGAAGAGGAGAUCACAGAGGGCGGCUUUUGCAAGAGUAAUUCGAAGUCUUAUCAACAGUGGAUUCACACCAAGAUGCGGGAGAGGGCGAAACCAGUCGUGAAGAACUUUCAGAUGGCCAAAGAUCACGCGAAGCGGAAAAUACGCGACAUGAAGGACAAGAUUACACAAAAGGACACUGAAGAGGAGGAAAGCCCAUACUGUGAAGGUUCUCCCACCAGCACUAAAAGCCUCUCGCCCAGGAGACUUCAGAGGAUAGCGUAUCAAAACCUGAAGUCAUCUCCACACACGCUCUAUCCUGACAGUUAUAACAAUGACGACAAUGCUAGCAGAAUCUCAUCUGAGGACAGCGGGGAGGUGCCGUCCUACAAUGAGGACAGUGAUGAGUCUGAUUUAGAGCUUCGGUCUGAAGUCAGUCAGUCAGGACAGAUGAACCUGCUGGAGGAGAUUCUGGACUCGCUCAGUACAUCCCACAUCGAGCAGGGCCGACUGUCCGCUGCCAAGAGCCUUGACUUCUUCAGGUCAUUCGAAGACCUCGACUACAAUCCCAAGAAAAGCUUCAAGUCUCCUCUGUGCAGUAGUCCUACUGCAACCGGAUGUGAAGUAGGAAAUGGAGAGCCAGCCGGCUGGAAAACAGGUCAAGAUGACAGCGCUGUCCACGGUAAACAUCUCCCGCCUUCACCUCGACGCCAAACUAGCUCCUGCUCCCUUCCAGUCCAUCCUCCCCCUCCCACCGAAGACAUCCCGAUGAGGAACUCUCUCCCAGAGACUCCCACAAUACAGAUCCUGUUUCCCGACAUGGAAAAGGCAACCAAUUCAGCUGAUGGCCUACUGAGCCCCGAAAAAAAGCACCCAGCAGCUCGAAGCCUCUCCAGACAGAAGGUCCUUUCCAGAAAAACCCAGAGGCCCCAUCAGGAGCACAAAACAGCAAGCGGACAGCUUUCAGUGCAUGUACCCUGGGAGAGGGAAAAGCAGCUCCUGGGCACAGGUAUAGAAGGAGACAGUAGUGAGACUCAGGAGAAAGGCUUGUUAGAGGAGAUCGAGUCCAUGUGUCGCAUUAGCAUGGCCUUUGAUAGCAACCAGGAGUUCAUUCAGAACAACAGCAGUCGGGACAAAUCCUGAGACAGCAGCACAACACUUGUUCAUCAUUGUCUGUUUUGUCUUCUGACGUCACACCAGCACUCUUCCUAUGUGAAGGAUCUGCAGGGGUGUUUAGUGGUUUAUAUGAAUGAUCGGUCCUCUUAUUUCUUAACCAAAGGGCAAAGGUUUUGGAUCAGUAUUAUUUUUUUUUACAUCUGCUCACCAAGGCAGCAUUUAUUUGAUCAAAACUUGAGUGAAAAAUGUGAAGAGUUAUUACUUUUUAAAAUAAGCGUUUAUUAUUAUUUUUGUAGAUUUCAAAUAGAAUUUUAUAGAUCACACAAUCUUUUAGAAAUCUUUCUAAUAUGAUGAUGAUCGCCACACAUGCAAACAAUGGCUGUGUCUCAUUUCAGAGGCUGCAUCCUCCGAAGGAUGCAUUCGAAGGGCGCUGCGUCAUUACAGCACGACGAAGGUUGAAUCAUUUAAACAAAAAUCGAUGGCUCCUUUAAAUGCAGCCUCAAAAUGCGUCCUUCGUUUCCCAGGUAAUGAAGGACACAACCAGUGGAUCUUUUGUGGCCUUGAACGUUCCAAGAUUCUUUGCGCGCUGAUAACUGCAGGACAUUUUUAACAGAAAGCUCCAGAUUAAAUGUAUUAAUUAGGUUUACCUUACUUGAAUAUCUAAACAAAUGUUAAAAAACAAAACACCUAUGUCUUACUAAGAGAUCUGUCCUCUGUAGACUAGAUCAUCUCAUUUCAAAAUGUUCGGUAUGGCUUGUGUGGACUUUGGAAUGUGGCAGCCUUUGAAAUGAGACAGGUAUUAUUAUUAUUAUUAUUAUUAUUAAGUUAAAAAUAUUUGGACUGCCAUAUGUGAUCACA